CUUGAAGCAGCAUCCCUGUUGUGUUCACUGGUCGGGGCAACUAACGCUCGCAGAAAACGACCGUUUCUAGAGAUUUAAAGGGUUUAAAGUGAGCCGAUUGUGACACCUGUCAGAGAUGCCGGGCCUCAGCUGUAGGUUUUAUCAGCACCGCUUCCCCGAGGUGGAGGAUGUGGUGAUGGUGAACGUGCGCUCCAUCGCUGAGAUGGGUGCGUAUGUCAGUCUGCUGGAGUACAACAACAUCGAGGGCAUGAUCCUGCUGAGCGAACUGUCCCGCAGACGCAUCCGCUCCAUCAACAAACUCAUCCGCAUCGGACGCAACGAAUGUGUGGUGGUCAUCAGAGUGGACAAAGAGAAGGGAUACAUUGAUUUGUCCAAGAGAAGAGUGUCUCCGGAAGAAGCCAUCAAGUGUGAGGAUAAAUUCACCAAAUCUAAAACCGUGUACAGUAUUUUACGGCAUGUGGCUGAAGUCUUGGAGUACACUAAAGACGAACAGCUGGAGAGUUUGUUCCAGCGAACCGCUUGGGUGUUUGACGAGAAAUACAAGAAACCCGGUUACGGCGCCUAUGACGUCUUCAAACAGGCCGUGUCUUGUCUUCAGCCGAAAGUGGUGACGGACACAGACGAGACAGAACUGCAGCGGCAGCUGGAGCGUCUGGAGCGAGAGAACGCAGAGGUGGACGGCGAUGACGACGCUGAGGAGAUGGAGGCCAAAACAGACGAGUAGAUCAACAAGUGCUUCAGAUGCUACAAACAUUCUAACGCUGAUUUCUGAACCCUUCACUACUCUGAUCAAUCUUAACAUUUGUGCUGAUUCAGCGAUCUGCUGGUGAUUUUCUGUGAAGUAAAACCUGUUUCUCAAUCUCAAUCAAAUUCUGGAAAGUUGUUGGAAGUUUUGUAUUAUUUAGCAUCUGUAUUUACAUAUUGACAUGCUGCAAAGCUACUGUAAAAUAAUAUUUGAAAGUAUGUAUUGUGAGUGAAAAUUCUGCUCAAAAUAUCUAACAGAAAACAUACUUGAGUGAAAGAAAGAAAGUACAACUUUACAUUGUACUUAAGCGUUAAAAAAUAUAA